GCCAAAUGGAGUUGAACUUAUUUGGAGAUAAGAAUAUUAGGUCAAGAAAAAAUGUGGCAGAAAUUCUACUUUAUGUGUAGUUUGUCAAUUCUUUUUACCUGUUAUGGAGAAAAGUUAUCGAGAGAUGUCACAGUUUGUACGAAUGGAGCUGUCAGUCUUGAAGGAUCCUGUUAUAAGUUUUAUCAAGAAAAAAAGACAUGGACAGAGGCGAAUAGGUAUUGUCAUCAAGUGGAUGGUGGACACCUUGCAAUAGCUGAUACCUCAGUUGUGUUCAAUAAGAUAAAAUCUGUCACAAUUCAACAUAAUGCAGACUACACUUGGUUAGGAGCUGGUGAUGAUGAUCAUAAUGGAGUUUACCAAUGGGUUAACGGGGCCCAUUGUUGUCCCAAUUGGUGGCACCCUGGAGAACCUAAUAAUGGCGGAGGUAAUCAAAGAUGCUUAAGCCUGUGGCGGGACAAGAAAGGUUUGGCAGGGUUUGACGACGGAACAUGUGACACAAAAGCUGUAUUUGUUUGUCAGUCUGAAGGGUGCCCCACCAUUCAAAACUGUCGGACACACACUUGCUUGCAUAACCAGCUUUCGACAUGCACAGAAUGUGAACAUGGUUAUACACCUGUUGAAAAUGGAUCAUUCUGUUUCGAUAUGACGUCAUCAACACACCUGAAAUGCUACCAAUCUUGUCUUGCUGUUUUUACGGAAAGACAAUCCUGGAGCAGUGCAAACGACAUAUGCAAAUCGAGAGGUGGUCGAUUAUAUGUUCCAACGACAUCAAAUGAAGACCAGUUUUUACGAAAUUAUCUUGAUGCGGUUGUCGGGCAUGUCGACCAGUUUUGGAUUGGUGGAAAGUUGUUACAAACAUUAAAGGCACAGUGGUUGAGUGAAGUUCCAAAGUCACUUGAGAGAUGGGACAAUAUGCCUGCUAGUUUGAAUGAAGACAAAUGUAUUGCUAUGAAGUCAUAUGACAAAUACCGACUUACAGCAGCUUCAUGCGACCAGGCCUUCUCCUUUAUCUGUCAAGAAAAGACUUUAUAUAGUCCAAGUCCGGUUGGAUGAAUACUGUUUAGUUAUGGUCUGACAAUUUGUUGAAAAUGAAUAUACGACUUAACUUUAAAA